CUGUACUCGACUGAGGCAGAAAAGAAGGAAAUUCAAAUUCCCUUCGUGCGAAACCCAGAGUAAUUCCACUGCUGCAAGAAAAAGAAACUGAAAUCAAACAAUCUGUAUGUAUUAAUGGCGGUUGUAUGGUGAUUGGUAUUUGGUCUGGUGAGUUAAAGUUUCGAUUUUUACUCAUGUUAUUCUUCAUGGGUAUAAGACCCUGUUUGUAAUUUUUCGUCCUCUGUUUCCUUUUCCCAAAAAUAUUUGAUGAAUGAUCAAAUAUGAUCCCUUCAAGAAAAGGAAUCAUCGCAUACCCUCCUUCACAUGGGGUAAACGGUAAUUUCCAUGAAAACCCACCCCCACCCCCAGUUACCCCAUCUGGAAACAAGCUUAGCCCUGCGGUUCUUUUCACAAUAAUCAUAGUCGCCGUUCUGUUCUUCAUCUCUGCGCUUCUCCACUUGCUCGUCAGAUUCCUGAUCAAGAAACCUUCCGGCGGAGAAUCCAGCAGAGACCAUCCAGAAACGAGCAGUAACUCCGACGCGCUCCAGAGACAACUCCAACAGCUCUUCCAUCAGCAUGACACCGGACUGGACCAGGCUUUCAUCGAUGCCCUGCCGGUCUUCGUUUACAGAGAGAUCGUAUCCGCCGCCGCCGGAAACGGCGGCGGGCCAAAGGAGCCAUUUGACUGCGCGGUCUGUUUGUGUGAGUUCAAAGGGAGGGACAAGCUGAGAUUACUCCCCAUGUGUGGGCACGCCUUCCACGUGGCCUGUAUCGGCACGUGGCUGCUGUCGAACUCCACGUGUCCUCUCUGCAGAGGAACGCUCUUCCACCCCGGGUCUUCCGUGGAGAAUCCCAUGUUUGAUUAUGACGAGGAUGUCGGGUUGGAUUCUGCUGACGUGGUUUCUCGCAAGGAAAUUGCUGAAAAGGGGGGGAGCCUUCUUCCGGUGAGAUUGGGGAAGUUCUGUAAAGUUGGAAAUGGCAAUAAUGGGGAAGAGGGUGAGCCUGGUGGUAGCAGUUUGGAUGCAAGAAGAUGCUUCUCGAUGGGAUCAUAUCAAUAUGUUGUUGGUGAUGAUAAUCUCAGGGUGGCCUUCAAUAAGAAUUUCAAGAGAGGAAGAGACGAUCAAGAGCCGCCGCCGCACACGUCGGCGGUUGACGGUGGAGAGGGAGAUGGGAAAAGGUUAAGUAUUGGAACAAAAACUGAUAGCUUCUCUAUUUCCAAGAUUUGGCUUUGGUCAAAGAAGGGCAAAUUUGGUUCUUCAGAUUCUCGGGUUUGAUGAAAUCUUGUUAUUUGUUUGGUUGUGGACACGAUGAUUUCUUGAUUUGAACAAAAGAAAAACGUCUGUUUGCUCUUUCCAGAAAACGUAUGAACUAUGAAGCUUCAAAAUUCAAAUGCAGUAAAUAGAAAAACAUUGAACUUCCAAUUUGGAAAAAUCACUUUUCCUAUUACUCCAUAUAUUACCGUGAUCACAAAAUUGUUGAUAUAAGUUAUGAUUACUAUUUGUUGUUACUUA